AAGAGUCUUUCCUAAUACAUUACGUGGUUUAAUGCAUGAAAUUGGAGUAUCAGAAGAGCAAGGAUAAAACUGACUGUGAAAAUUUUGUGCGUUCCGAAAGAGCCUUUUUGUUUUCGGAAAAAAAAAAUUGUUAAUUCCGUUGUGGCAAAGGCUCUCAGCCCCCCCGCGCUCGCUAGAAAACGCUCGACGCAAUAAUGCAAUGAUGGAUGUAUUGUGGCUUAAUGACUGAAAACAUGGAGGAGAAUGAUGCCGUUUUGUGCUCAUAUAUAUAACUCAAGUCGCGUGAGAGUUUUAGAAAAGGGCGCAGAAAAUCGGCACAACACAGCACUUUGUGAACUCAUUGCUCCAUCAUCAUCAUCAUCAUCAUCAUCAUAUCCAACACCUUCAUUAAAUAUAUAAUACUAAAUUAACCAUACACACUAGACAAACAGGACGGGGAAAAAUCGUUUUAAUUUUUGCAAAUAAUCAAUUUUUUUGUAACAAUUUUCUCGAUUUCUUUCUGACUGAUCUGGUGUUGUGUGUGCAUUAAACUAAUAACGAGGAAGGGCACAAAGCAACAGAACAAGAUAAAAAAGUAAUCUCAAAAAGCUCUCAACGCGACGAACGACGAUCAUAAGCAUCAUCUAAAGCACCUUCACAUCAUCUUAAAAUAAGAUUCAAAAUUCAAACCAGUCAAACGGAGCAUCUUAACAACCUUAACAAAAUGGCGUAUGGUGGACAUUCCUUUGGAAAGAAAACAUUUCACAAACCGACUUAUUGCCAUCAUUGUUCGGAUUUAUUGUGGGGCCUAAUUGGACAAGGAUACAUAUGUGAAGUUUGCAAUUUCAUUCUUCAUGAGAAAUGUGUCACCAAUGUCGUCACGCCAUGCUCUGGAAUCGCACCAUUCUUGAUUAAAAAUCCCGUUGCACAUUGCUGGUCGGAACCGACGCAUCAUAAGAGAAAAUUCUGCAAUGUAUGUCGUAAACGAUUGGAUGAAGUUCCUGCCGUUCAUUGCCUGAUAUGCGAAUACUAUGCGCAUAUCGAAUGUCAAGAUUUUGCCAUAGCUGAUUGCAAGGAGAACGCAACGUAUGUUCCGGGAAAGGACUUGAGUAGCGUGAAGCAUGUUCAUCAUUGGCGUGAAGGGAACUUGCCACAAUCAUCUAAGUGUGCUGCCUGUAAGAAGACGUGCUGGUCAUCGGAAUGUCUAACAGGAUAUCGUUGCGAAUGGUGCGGCUUUACGACUCACGGAGGCUGUCGUCAUUAUGUUUCUCAAGAAUGCACUUUCGGUGCUCUUCAGCCAAUCUAUUUACCACCACAUGCUGUUUCGAUUCCGCGAACUGAAGUGCCGAUGGAAGCAAUAUUAGGUGUCCAAGCGAAAAAUAAACAAAUUCCAAUGCAACGCGAAUAUUCAUGUCCUGAACUCCGUACUAUAAGUUUAUGUGAUAGUGAUAGCGAUCUUUUUAUGCAAACGUAUAAUGUAAUUCAUCGAAAGUCUAGUGACUCGUCUCACUCGGCUGCAGUUUCCUAUUAUAGUGGAACUGAGAGUCAACAAAGUGUGAGUGAUAGAUCAUUUUACGAUAAUAUUGCGGUAGAUGAUGUAUUUGAGCACCAUCAUCAUCAUCAUCACCAUACUCAUCAUUCUCAUAAUAUUAAUAAUAAUAAUCAUCACUACACAAAGGCUAGAAAUUAUCUUAUGCCGCCUAUAAAUAAUCUACCACUUAGACUCUUAAAGAAUCCACACGUAAAUGUAAAUAGGAGUGUAUCGUUUCAAGGAACGUGUGGUCCUUAUUUAACACCACGACAGAAUAUUAUAGUAAGGAGAAGACAUGAUGAGAAUUUGUUUCCUGACACGCCAUCCGAUUUUGGUUCAACACGAUCAUCAAUAUCACCAUCAGGCUCAAAUCCGUCACGAAACAAUACAUGCGAUUGUAGUAGUAUUAUUCCUAUAACAAAUGUACAAAAUGAUCGUAGUUUAAUGGAUGAAAGUUAUUGCUAUAAAUAUCAUUAUGAUAAGAAGUAUGAUGGACCAUUUUAUCUCAAAAUGCUAAGACGAAUGCAAAAGAUUUUUAAGCGUCAGUCUAAAAAGUCUGAAAGAGCACGCAGCAUAUCAGACGACUUAAGUAGCGGAGAUGCUGCACGUUUUCGAGACGAUGAAUAUGGGAAAUCGGAAACGGCGAGUGGAAUGGGAAGUUCCAGUGCACGAAAUGAGUCGGCGCAUAAGGGCGAAAGAGAUAAAGAGAAAAAAGAAAAAGACAAAGAGGAAUUUGAAGAAACAAUUAAAGUCUUUGAUGGAAAUUGUUCAUUACGCAGACGAAUAUUUCGUGCAAUCACUGUUCCUCGAACAUGCAAUUUGGAGCAAUUAUUGACGACUGCUUUACGAGCUUUUCACAUCGCGAGAGAGCCUAAUCAAUUCUAUUUGACGGAUUUAUAUGCAACAAACGGGGAUGAAAUUCAGAUUCAGGACCCAACACCCGUUUUGAAUUUACACAAAAUUGAAGGCAAAAGGCCAGCUAUAUUUUUAAGAUUUCGUGAUAAAGAAAUUGAUAAAGGAUUUGUUCGCGUAUAUCCAGGCAAGCUGCAAGUAGAAGAACCUUAUGUGACUGUUCAAGUAGAUAACGAUACAACUGUCAAAGAUUUAAUUCGCGAUGCACUCAACAAUUUCGGACUACAAGAUCAUCAAGUUGACGACUAUAGAUGCUUAGAAAUUCUCCUCGAUCGUGGCGUUAGUGAGCGUGUUUUAUCAUGGAAUGAACGACCUUGGGAAAUAAUGAAACAAUUAGCGAAAGAUUCAAUUAGACAAAUGGAAUUAAUGCGCUUUUACUUGCAAUUAAAACAGGAUCCACAUGGACCAAAUGUAGCAUUGUACGUUGGAAAUUUACCAUUAGGUCUUUCACAGCGUAAUUAUGAGCAAAUUUUAAUUGAAAUUUUGGGUUCUGAAAAUAAAUUUUCGAGCAUCGGUCCUAUUUACUAUGAAUAUGGUUCUCUUGUCAUCACAUACGAGAAUGCAUCGAAGGCUGUACGGGCUCUUUAUGCAUUGAGGGAAUCGAAAUCCGAUGACAAACAACUGCUCGUCCUUUUGCUGCCGAAUAUAGAACCAAGUAUGGUACCUACAGGUGUAAAGCCACUCCUAGUAUUUGUGAAUGUUAAAUCUGGUGGAUGUCAAGGAUUAGAAUUGAUAAGUAGCUUCAGAAAAUUAUUGAACCCUUACCAAGUGUUUGAUUUAGAUAACGGAGGUCCAUUGCCAGGAUUGUACGUCUUUCGUCAUAUUCAAGACUAUAAAAUUCUGGUGUGUGGAGGGGAUGGAACCAUUGGUUGGGUAUUACAAUGUUUAGAUAAUGUAGGUCAAGAUUCUGAAUGUUCAAGUCCACCAUGUGCAAUUGUUCCUUUAGGAACUGGUAACGACUUGGCACGUGUGCUGAGAUGGGGAGCUGGCUAUACGGGAGGCGAAGAUCCAUUAAACUUAUUACGUGAUGUCAUUGAUGCAGAAGAGAUUCGCCUCGAUCGCUGGACAGUAGUAUUUCAUCCAGAAGAUAAGCCAGAGGACGUUGCGCCAAAGGCGCCAACAAAUUCAACUGGUAAGAAGAAGAAGGAUCAGCAACAGACCGAAGCGAAUUCACAAUCGAAUCAGCACCAUCAUCAUCAUGCAACAACCAUAACUACACCACUUUGUCAAGUUGUCGGUGGACAGAGCGAGGACAAUUCACAAAUCUUUGUCAUGAACAACUACUUUGGAAUCGGUAUUGAUGCUGACUUAUGCUUAGACUUCCACAAUGCUCGAGAAGAAAAUCCAAAUAAAUUCAAUUCACGCUUACACAAUAAAGGUGUUUAUGUCAAAAUGGGAUUGCGCAAAAUGGUUGGGCGUAAGAUGUGUAAGGACUUGCAUAAAGAAAUUCGAUUGGAAGUAGACGGAAAACAUGUUGAAUUACCACCUGUUGAGGGAAUCAUUAUUUUGAACAUUUUGAGUUGGGGAUCUGGCGCUAAUCCAUGGGGUCCAGAGAAGGAGGAUGCAUUCUCAAAACCAAAUCAUUGGGAUGGAAUGUUGGAAGUCGUCGGUGUAACAGGUGUCGUGCAUUUAGGACAAAUUCAAUCCGGUUUGAGAUCAGCUAUGCGGAUUGCUCAGGGUGGUCACAUAAAAAUUCAUCUUCAUUCCGAAACUCCUGUACAAGUAGAUGGAGAGCCAUGGGUGCAAAGUCCUGGUGAUGUUGUCGUUCUUAAAUCUGCACUAAAGGCUACAAUGUUGAAGAAAAUAAAAAGCAAAAGGAGAUUAACAGAGCCACACAUUUCGCCGGCAGUUGCUGGAAGUUCAGGGGCUCCAGAAAAUAAUGGAGAUCGUGACAAGGAACCAUUGAGUGGCACAUAGAGAAAACGUCCGUUCGGUCCAAGUUUACUUUUCUCUUGUUUCUUAUAAAACAAUGCACAAGAUUAAUCAAAAUUUAUAGAAUUUAGUUCAAAUAAUAAUUUAAAGUUGAAACUGAAAUGCCAAAAAAAUAGAAAAUGAAAAAUUUAUUUUAAUUAAUUUGAUAAUUGAAAGAGUAAAAAAUAACCAAUUUAUGUUCUUGAAGCAAAGGAAAGCUUUAGAGAUAUUUUUGUUAAGACUACCUGCUUACUUGAAUAGUUUAAACUAUGUGCCAUUGAAAUGAAAAACUAAUGAAUUAUGAAGGAUUUUUUAAAGAUAAAGUUGAUAUAAAAACUAAAAUGAUUUACAUAAAAAAGAGUCACUGAAAUUACGUUCAUGCACAAAGACAUAAAAAAUACACAAAAAGAUACUUGAUGGUGUAAAAAAACCAAACAUUAUCUCACGAUAUUACACAUUUAAUUUUUUUCACAUUCCCUGCCGUUUUACAACAUUUCAAAUAAUAUUUACAAUUGUCCAAAAAAAAUUCUCUCACAUAAUGAACUUGAUGAUUGUAUGAUUGUAUAUACAAUUCACAAAACACAAAUUAAGAACCUUCCUCAUGUUUAUCAAACAAAUGGAAUUUCCUUUUCCCUCCACUUUUU